CUAUCUAAGACAGGCACCAUGUCACUUCUUAACCAGCUCUUUAACAGAGGCGUUUUCGGCACUCGAUGGUGACUGAUUUCCCCUUUGCUUCUCAGAUUUAAGUUUUCUGAUUCUGAUUACAAUAUCCGAUUUUAGGUUUUGGGGAUAUGUCCAUUAUGUUUCUGUAUUCCCGGAUUUUAGGUUUCUCAAUUGAGUCUCACUCACUUUUACUCAUCGUGCGCUUGCUCAAAUAACAAUUGAAGUGUUUAUUGUGUCAAGUUCAGUUUCAAUUUUGAGUCCUUAGGGUGGGUUUCGUAAGAUAUUAUUUAGGUAUAUCCAAUGUUUUAUUGGAGGAAGUGAGCUAUUUUGAUGAAAGAUAACGGAUCCUUCUUGGAUGGAUUGUUAAUAUGACCGUCUAAGCAAAACAUGCCUGAACCUGGCAAUUUCACGCAUUAAGCUGCUGCAAAACAAGAGAGAUAUGCAACUGAAACAAAUGUGCAAGGAGAUUAGCCAAUUCUUGCAGGCUGGCCAAGAGGCAAUUGCUAGAAUCAGGGUGGAGCAUAUCAUACGGGAACAAAAUACAUGGGCUGCAUAUGAAAUUUUGGAGUUGUUCUGUGAAUUUGUUCUUGCACGUGUACCUAUAAUUGAGAAUCAGAGGGAGUGCCCCACGGAAUUGCGAGAAGCCAUUGCAAGUAUAAUUUUUGCUGCUCCUAGAUGUUCAGAUGUACCAGACUUAUUGCACAUCAAGAACUUGUUUACCACUAAAUAUGGGAAAGAAUUUGUCUCUGCAGUAUCUGAACUUCGUCCUGAUUCGGGCGUGAACCGCACGAUCAUUGAAAAGCUUUCAGUUAGUGCUCCAUCUGGAGAGGUAAAACUCAAGGUCUUGAGGGAGAUCGCAGAAGAAUACAAUAUAGCAUGGGAUUCUUCUAAAACUGAGGCUGAAUUUAGGAAAAACCAUGAAGAUCUCCUGGGUGGAGCAAAGCAAGUUAGUGCUGGAGCUACGCUUUCUCAUACUCCCAGCAGAAAUGGUUCUAAUAAUCCAUCACCUUGUAUUACGGAACCUUCUAUCAAGCCUGUGCAAGACAAGCAAGAAUAUAAACACCUUGAAGCUCCGAGCCCUUCUAACAAUAAUUCUUCGUUGGAUACUAAUGAAAUCGAACAGUCACACAAAAACAAUAAUGUUCCCGCUGGAGAUGCUAAAAGUGAGACAAGAUUUCAAUCCUCUGAUGUACUGGAGAAGGCACGGGCUGCCAUUGCUUCUGCGGAUCGCGCAUCUGCAGCUGCUCGUGCUGCUGCUGCACUAGUUCAGAGUAAUUUUGGAUCAUUGAAGCUGGAAGGUAAAUAAACCUUCACAUCGAUGAAAAUGCUGCCCUCCCAGGAUCUUAAUGCUGGAAAAAAAAAUGUUAAGAACUAAAUGCCAAAGGAGAAAAUUAUGUUCUUUGUUGCGGAGGUGACAGCUUCAUACAGUGAUUCUAUGUAAUAAGAAUUGUGCCGUACUUCAUUGUACAUUCCAUAAUUAAUACAUGUAUAUCAUUGUAACGGAACGGAAUACUGAACAGUGUGAACUUUUCUAUUUUCUAGAUCUUCCUGAUUCUUGCAACUGCGGAUCGUAGUGUAUCAUGAACUUAUAGAUGUUAUUUCUAAGUAAUUUAAACAUCAAUUUUACCCAGGAAAUAAUUGUGUGCAUUUCCG